GUAAACGCAAACACACUCACUUUCUUCGUCUCCUAUCCCUCCAUAUCUGCUUUUUCUCCACAGAGAAGUACCUGCUCAUAUUCUUCUUCACUCACGCUAUUCCCAAGAGAUGCUGAAUGCCCCGCCAGGAUUUCGAACCUCCAAAUCUGCUCCCUCUUCUCCGGCCAAGCCUUUGGGUGUCUCAAGAGCUCGAUCUGAGUCCUUCCAUCCUAUUCAUAAAGUCCCAGUCAGUGACAGUCCAUAUGUAAGAGCGAAGACCCAAGAGAAGCUGAAUGCUCCGCCAGAAUUUCGAACCUCCAAUUCUGCUCCCUCUUCUCCGGCCAAGCCUUUGGGUGUCUCAAAAACUCGAUCUGAGUCCUUCCAUGCGAUUCAUAAAGUCUCAGUCAGUGACAGUCCAUAUGUAAGAGCGAAGAAUAUGCAGUUGGUGAAGAAGGAUCCAGACAGGGCAAUUCCCCUGUUUUGGGCAGCAAUAAAUGCUGGAGACAGAGUGGAUAGUGCUCUAAAAGACAUGGCCAUUGUCAUGAAGCAACAAAACCGAGCAGAGGAAGCCAUUGAAGCCAUUAAGUCACUUAGAAUACGAUGUUCAGACCAAGCCCAAGAGUCCCUUGAUAACAUCCUUCUGGAUCUGUACAAGAGAUGUGGGAGAUUGGAUGACCAAAUAUCACUUUUAAAGCACAAGCUUUACUUGAUACAUCAAGGGCUUGCUUUCAAUGGGAAACGCACCAAGACAGCAAGGUCUCAAGGGAAAAAGUUUCAGGUCUCUGUUGAACAAGAAGCAACUAGGUUGCUGGGGAACCUGGGUUGGGCAUUGAUGCAGCAGAACAACUAUACUGAGGCAGAGGAUGCUUACCGGCGGGCACUUUCGUUUGCUCUAGAUAAUAACAAGAUGUGCAAUCUGGGAAUAUGUUUGAUGAAACAGGGGAGGAUUUCUGAAGCAAAAGAGACACUCCGACGAGUGAACCCAGCAGUCGCUGAUGGUCCAAGAGGCCAAGACUCCCAUCUCAAGGCCUAUGAAAGGGCGCAGCAGAUGCUCAAGGACCUUGAGUCAGAGAUGAUGAACAAAGGAGGAGGGGACAGGGUCGAACAAAGAAGGCUCUUCGACGCCUUCCUGGGUUCUUCAUCAAUUUGGCAGCCUCAGCCUUGCAGGGAUCAUCACACUGUGUUUACAGCAACAACUGCAGUUCAGUCUCGAGAUGAUUUUGCCGAUGAGAACAUCAAUUUAUCAAAUAUAGUUCCCAGCCAGAGAAAUUUCAACAAACAAGUGGUCCCUUCUUUUGUGAAUUCACUGAAUGUCGAUGCACCCCCAUUUUAUUCCACCAAAUUAACUGAGGACCCAAUGGUGAAUGACCCAAUUGGGAAUCAGUUCCAUGAGAAUCUAAAGAGAGCACGAUCUGGAAAUGCGGCCAAUUUUAGCAGACUCUCAAAGGCAUAUGUUGAAACAAAAAUACCAGAGCAUAAGUCAAGAAGGUUGUCAGAUGAAACAGAUGGCAAGUUGUCUGAAUUGUUGCCAGACAACAAGGAUUUUGAAGAGGCAAUCAUGGGUGCGGUUCUGGGUUCUACAAUUGCAGCAGGGAAGCUUGUUGACACAAGCAAAACUGUUUCUGGGAUGUUGGAGACGAAGAAGAUUGAGAAGAGGCUGAAGGUCUUUCAGGAUAUAACUCUCUCUCCAAAAGCCUGAUUUAGAUUUUUUUAUUAGACUAAUCAAACUAAUUUAAUUUCACUGAAAUAGAAUUGUAGUUUAGGUUUGGAGAUGAGGCUCUCCCUUGACUCCAAUUCCUGCUUCUGCAGAGUGGAGAGGAAGCAAACUAUGUAGCAGCCUAGCAGGUAGAUACCACCAUCUAUUAUUUGUGAUUGACACUCCAAUAAGAGGUAUCUGAAUAUCUGUAAUAUUUAUUGUUUAUCUUAAUUUAUGCACCUUUAUGAGAUGAA